GUCGCUGCGGGGCAGCCAGCUGAAGCAGCUGCGCUCCCUCUUCGACCGCUUCGACAUGGACGGCGACGGCAGCCUCACCCAGCUCGAGCUGGCGGCCCUGCUCCGCUCCCUCGGCCUGCGCCCCACGGGCGACGAGUCCCGGGCCCUCCUCCUCGCCAUCGACGCCGACGGCAGCGGCACCGUGGAGUUCGACGAGCUGGCGCGCGCCAUCGCGCCGGUCCUCACCGCCCACGCGCCGCGGCUCGUCGACCAGGCGCAGCUGCUCGAGGUCUUCCGCGCCUUCGACCGCGACGGCAACGGCUACAUCUCCGCCGCCGAGCUCGCGCGCUCCAUGGCCAAGCUCGGCCAGCCGCUCACGUUCGAGGAGCUGCGGACGAUGAUGCGGGACGCCGAUGCGGAUGGGGACGGCGUGAUUAGCUUCGGGGAGUUCGCCGCCGUCAUGGCCAGGUCCGCGCUCGACUUCCUCGGCGUCCCCGCCGCCUGAGAUGAUGGCCCGCCGGGCUCCGGCUGGCUCUGGGUCGGAUCGACUGAUUGAUGUCCCGUCAUGGUUCUCUGAUUAAUUAGGAUCGGUGGUAGUAUGUUUCGUUCUUCUUCAUGCUAGAAUUAGUGGUAGUAGGAUGGUUCGAGGGCCGGAUCGGAUGAACUGUAACGAACUCGCACGGAAUUGCAACGUUGACCUGAAAUGUGUAUAAAUUUUGGUAAUUUGGUCAAUCGAUGCGUCCGCUGCGUGGAGGUAUUUCUGCCGUAUGGAACAGGAGAUGUGCACACACGGUGCUAUCCUCCAAGGCCGCGAUGGAUCCGUCCGUCUCCUGUCCAUUUUUGCAAAUAGAGAUGGACAUUGACUCA